CGCCGCCGCUCUCCGAUCGCUCCGGCCAUGACGCCGCUGCCGCGCUCACCUGGCGCCCUCGCCCUGGCGCUGCUGCCGCCGCUGCUGCUGCUGCUGCUGCCGGCGCUCGCCGCGAGCCGGGUGCCCAUGCCCGGGGGCCUGGUGGACCGCUCCGUCGCCGAUCCCGAGGUGCGGAAGGCGGCCGCCUUCGCCGUGGAGGCCUACAACCGCGCCAGCAACAGCCUCUUCUACUACAAGGCGCUGCGCAUCCUCGACGCGAAGAGCCAGGUGGUGGAAGGAAUUAAGUACUACCUGACAAUGGAGCUGGUGAACACACUGUAUGAAAAGAAAGGUGGCUCAGGACUGAACCAAGCCGACCUGGAACACUGCGAGGUGCCCCCAGCAAAUGAGCAGAAGAGACAGAUCUGUGAAUUCCAGGUCUGGUCCCGCCCUUGGAAGGACAGCAUGCAGCUGGUGCACAUGAGCUGCAGCGCUGAGAGCGCCUGACCUUCGCCUGAGGAGCGCCUGGUUCUCUCGUCACCGCCGCCGCUGCAGCUGCAAACCAGCCCGGAGCAGCACAGUCCCUUGUCUUGGGCACCGUGGUUUCCGUGCGGAGUUGGCGGUCCAGAGAUGACGAGUCAAGAACACAAGAGGCAUCUGUUCCAACUGCUGAAAUCUCAUUUCGUGCUUUUCUAGAACUGGGGCUUUCUCUCCCCAGCCCUUCUCAUUGAUUACUGUUUCAGUUUUAAUGCAACAUUAGAGUCGCGUGAAUCCUUCGCGUCCUGCUGGUUCUUCAAAUCGGUUGGCCUAUCUUAAUAAAGAAAUUACCCUGUU